AUGGCACCUCUACCGGCCGCACGGGUUACUCCUGCUCGAGCUUUCUCUCGCACUGGAGUUGACUACGCUGGCCCAUUCAACAUUUUGUCUGCUAAGGGCCGAGGCAUCCGCACAAGCAAGGGCUACGUCGCGAUCUUCGUCUGCAUGACCACCAAGGCGUCACACCUUGAGCCCGUUGGUGAUCUCUCCACCGAGUCAUUCAUUGGAGCGCUCACAAGAUUCUACGCCAGGCGCGGUAGGCCCUUAGAGAUCUGGAGUGAUAACGCCACCUGCUUCCGCGCCGCAGACCGUGAAAUGCGCGAGGCUCUCCAGGAUGCCGAGAUAAAGUGGGAACGUGUUGCUGGCUCACUGGCUGAACAAGGCGUCACGUGGCACUUCAUUCCUGCACGGGCGCCCCACUUCGGCGGACUAUGGGAGGCCGGUGUCAAAGCAAUGAAACAUCAUCUUCGUCGUACCCUUGGACCGCGCAACCUCACCUACGAGGAGUUUUCCACCGUUUUGGCCAGCAUCCAGGCGGUCCUCAAUAGCCGCCUUCUCACUCCAUUCACCGGAGGCUUAGAUGAUCUGGACAUCCUCACCCCUGGACACUUCCUCGUCGGUGGCCCGCUGAAUUCUGUGCUUGAGGCCAGUACCCCGCCCGAGAAGCUCGAUCGCCUAAGUCACUGGAAGCUGGUCCGGGAAUCCGAGACCAGUUCUGGAGCCGCUGUAGCCGCGAGUUGA